GAAGGGUGCCUGCCUGCUUUUGGCACCCAGCUUCUGAACUCAAAAGAAGAAGAAGAAGAAAAAAUCAGUUGUCCCCCCGCCAUUAGCUCGACAAAACUUCAGGUAACAGAACUGGACCAUCUUGGAGGAGACAGAAACAGGUCGUUAGCCUCACUCUUAGAAUUUGGACUUCGUUUCCAGCCUCACAGCUGUUCUAGGGUUAGCCUCUCUUUUUUUUCUCCCUUUUAAAGUCAGCAAGUCUAUCCUCUCCCGUCAACAGAAAGUUUGGUCGGAGAACACACGUGUCCGCAAAAUGCCACACAGGAGCUCCCAAGUGCUCGGCCUCCGGCACUGUAGCGCUAGCGCAGAGCGGGAGGAGCUGGAAAAAAAAACGUGGCCUUCUUCUCUCGCCAGUUCAUCGGUUUCUCGGAAGCCUGUCAAACACGGACUGGCUUAGUCAAAGCCGGCUUUCAGACAUAUAAUCGCGCUCGCCGUCGUGCGCACGGCAGUCGGCAGGCAGUACCGGAGCAGCGUGCCAGGCCCCAUGGACAGCUCGAGCGGCAUGUGGGCCGUGCUCGGCCAGGCCUCGAACGUGGCGCAGCUGGUCGGCGUGGACGCGCUCGGGCUGGUGUCCAUGGUCGUGCAGGCCGCGCUGGCGGCGCGCCGCCACCGCGACGCGUGCCGCCGCCUGGCGCAGCACGUGGAGGUCGUCGGCGGCCUGCUGCGGGAGCUGGAGCUCGCCGAGCUGAUGCGGCGGGAGGCCACGCGGCGGCCGCUCGACCAGCUCCGGGCCGCGCUGCGGCGGUGCUACGCGCUCGUCACGGCGUGCCAGGACUGCGGGUACCUCCGCAGCCUGCUCCUCGGCGCCCGGAUGGCCGACGAGCUCCGCGCGGCGGAGAAGGAGGUCGACUUGUUCAUCCGCUUAGUCCCACUUAUCGCCCUCGUCGACAGCACGCAUGGUCGCAGUGGCAAGCAGACUGCCGAGGGAGUACCAGGUCUACUCACGAACGGUUCAAACCAUCAUGUCAGGUUUUCAAGAAGUGUUUCCGCCUCCAUCAAAAUACACAUUCAACGAACUACUCAAAUCUGCAGUAUUGCAGAACAGCCAUUAGCAGGUAGACAGUCGCCACUCCAUUAUUCAGGAGCACUGGACUUGGGAGAACAUAAAAAUCUGGACUUUGAAGAAUUGUUGGAGCUUUGCAUCCGUACUCAAGAGAGUUGCUCAGGAUUCAGAAGGUUUGAAUUAUUUCAGAUCAUUGACGCUACAGGCAAUUUCCCGGAAAGUAGAAUCAUCGGGUCGGGUGGUUUUGCUAUAGUUUACAAGGGUCAGUUACCUGAUGGAUCCAUGGUCGCCAUCAAAAGGAUGGAUGAAGGUGCCACAAUGUUUGAUUUCAGCAGUGAAUUUCUGGCUGCGAGGCUUCAGCAUACCAAUCUAAUUAGACUUUUGGGGUGGUGUAUCCAUGGGAAAGAAAGGAUUCUAGUGUAUGAGUUCAUGCACAAGGGUACCCUGCACAGUUUAAUCUUUGACAAAAGAAUGGGGUUGUUGCUAGACUGGUCUAAACGAAUCGAUAUAAUCAGAGGGGUAGCUGAAGGACUUCUUUACCUUCACAAGCAGGCCAAGUUAUGGAUUGUUCAUAGGGAUUUGAAGCUCCAGAACGUCCUAUUAGAUCAUGACAUGAAGCCAAAGCUUGCUGAUUUUGGAUCGGCUAGAAGUCUGAGUUCAGAUUCCGCCGAAGAGUGUACAAGCAGGGUUGUGGGGACUAGUGGUUACAAAGCUCCUGAGUACACGUCUCGAGGUGUCUAUUCACUGAAGACAGAUGUGUUCAGCUUCGGGGUGGUGGUUCUAGUGACCAUCAGCGGGCGAGAGAACACCGUACUGGAGAAGCAAGGAGACUCUGUUGGCGCCCUUGUACGAGAUGCCUGGCAGCUAUGGAACGAUGGAAGGCUGCAUGAGCUUGUAGAUCCAGUGCUGGGUGACGGAUUCGAACUUGCUGAGGUGGUGCAGUACGCUCAAGUGGCACUGCUCUGCGCGCAGGAGGAGCCAGCAGAUCGUCCCACCAUGUCCGACGUCGUGUCGCUCCUGAACUUUGAAAGCAUAGGUCUGCUGCCAGAUCCUAAGCAGCCGUCUGAGCUUUGUAAGGGAGGUGGUGGUACUUCUGGUGACAGGUUGCCGACAUGUGGUAGCCAGUCGAGCAGGACCAUAGACAUCACAAUCACAAGUUCGGCUCCUGUGUCAACUAGAACUAGGGUCCGCAUCAUUGUGGACCCAGAGACCUAAAAUGUAGACAUAAACCGAUAUUAAUAUGUAAAAGAACAUGGACAACUUUUAGAGCUAGUUUGGAUACACUAAUUAUUCUCUAUGGUGAUUGGGGCUAUCUGAGGGCCAAGGGGAAAAUUAGUCCAUUUCUCUCUCAAUUCC